AUGAAGGCCUGUUGCCGACUAGUGGUUGAAAACUUGCAGCCCCCUGUCCUCAAGGCUCAGAUCGGUCGCCGUAUCGAUUUAGAGAGGCGUGACUGCAAAUCUGAUGAUGUCGCCCUUUUCGACCUGAUUCUGGAGCAUGCAAAGGUACAACAGCGGUUUCAUCGAAUUUCACAGGAUUAUGCGGGAAAGCAGGAUUCUAAAACUAUCAAGCCAGAAAAGAAACCACAGCGUGAACACUGGCUUAAUGACUGCCCCACAGGCACGGACGCACAGCGCGAAGAGGCCGUGAAGAAGUUUCGCGCGGCUAAAGAGCGGCGUUCGGGGCCGCUCCUAGAUGUUCCCUAUACACCCGAUACCGGCGCUGACAAGAGCGUGACUACCUCACUAAGUACGCCUAUUGAAACUGUUAUGGCUGACGGCAGGGUCCAAUUGUUCAAACAAGAGGUGAAAUUGGAUCUCGAGCUAACUACAGUGGCCAGUUUCUAUUAG